AUGGGUUGGUUCUGGGCGGACCAGCCGAAGCCAAAUGCGCCACUUGCUGCGUCUCCCGUUGCGCCGCAUCCCAUGCCUCCCGCGGGGGCAGUGCCUCCUGCAGGAUGUCCAAUGCACAAACCAGAUGGUGCAACAACCACAUCGACACCAUUCUUCACACGGCGAGAUCAGUCGUCUUCUACAUCAUCCCCGGCACCAUCAUGUCCUGUAAAAUCAAGUCCCAACAGUCCUCUCUUUAAUUUACCCUCGUCACCGUCGUCAACGUCACAAAACACUGCAACUACUACCGACUCCCAAGCCUCCGAAUCGUCACAACAACCACCCUCCCGAGCCUCGCUGACCCUUUCGAAAUUAAACCCUCUAAACUACAUGCCGUCCCUGUCCAACGCUCGACCGUCCGACUCUCCACAAGAGGUCUCAUUAUCGCUCGAGCGAGAAAAGUCAUCCAUCCCGCGCGGCGACUCCGAUUCGACAUGGGAAUACCCGUCGCCGCAACAAAUGUACAACGCCAUGUUGCGCAAGGGAUACACGGACACGCCCGCAGACGCCGUCGAGUCCAUGGUGGCCGUGCACAAUUUCCUGAACGAGGGGGCCUGGAAGGAAAUCGAGGACUGGGAGCGGAUUUUCAGCAAAGGCCUGCUCCACGGCUGGAAGAUUUGCAGCCGCGGCGAACAGGCCAUUGCGAUGGAACGGGCCAAGCGCGAGUUCCUCGCCCAGCACAGGGAAGCGCUGGGCUUGUCGCCCGCAGAUGUCGGGGAGGACGAGGACGAGAAGCCCAAGCUCGUGCGCUUCAUGGGCCGUCCUGGCGAACCGACGCCCAAAGCUCGCAUUCUCUCGGCCCUAGGAUACGUGAUGCCGGAAAAGUUCGGUGGCGAGCCGCCUUUUGACCGACACGAUUGGUAUGUCGCGCGGAAGAUGCCCGACGGCUCCGUCAAGCAGGUCCGCUAUGUCAUCGACUACUAUAGCGGCGGCGUCCAGGAGACCGGCGAGCCCGUGUUCUACUUGGACAUCAGACCCGCCCUGGACACCCCGACGGCCGCUAUUGAACGGGCAAUGAGAUGGGGCGGCGACAUCUGGCACCGGGCAAGUGGCGGUGCCGCUAGGGAGGGAGCUGCACAGGCCAAGGUCUCUGAGAGAAAGACGAGCUGA